GCGCGGGCGCCAAUUUGAACCAUGGGACGCGGACACUCGCUUGUGGUUGCGUUCAAACAAUCUAAUAAGACUUGCUUCAUUUCUUUUUUAAAUGUUAACAUUCAGUAAAAAUUUUCCUCGAAUUGCUCUUGCUCCUAUAGACUACGAUGCCUAGGUGUUUCCUUGAUGCCAUCAGGGGAUAUAAAAAUGGAAAAUACCGCGGUGGAGUUGCUUUUGAUCCCAGUGUUAUGGUUACCAGAUCUGGACGCGUUAUAACUAAAAGGCAAGGUCAUCAUUCCAACCAAUUAGCUUAUUGUCAGAACACUUUAAAUUGCCAUGAUUCUUCAUACCAAGAACAGAGCUCAACAUCCAACAAUCACACACUAGUAAAGACCUCGUUGAGUAAUAUGUCCUUUGUGACACGUUUUCAUAUCAAUAGCAAUGUUCCAGAUUUCUAUACAUCUGCUCUACCUUUGGAAGAUGUGAUUUGCAAACAAAAUUUCAACUAUGUUUUAAACAAGAAGAUUUCAGCUGCUAAUCGAAAAUUAAAGUUCCACUGCUCUGAGAUCCCAUAUAAAAUAAAUAAAAACAUCAGUAACCUGACAAACAUGUCCAGAACUACGUCCUAUCUUGCUGAGUCUUUGCCUAUUACAACCCGAUAUCUAAAUAAUAUACCUCUUGGAGAGAAUCCAUUCUGUUUAGAAGAUAAUACUAAGGCUGGAGGUAUUAAACCAAGGGAACAUUAUACAUAUGAACCUCUCAAUAUGUUGCUGUGUGACAGAUAUGUUUCUACCAAUCACUCUUUCUUGAUUAGCCAUUCAUCUAAAGGAGGGAAGCAAAAUUCUGAUUCUGACCAAAAAGUUUCAACAGAUUACUCCAGGUUUUCUGUAAAUGAAUUACUGUACCCCUAUAAUUCAUUUGAGUUGAACACUAAUGUCUCCUGUCACAACUGUUUAAAAUGCAAACGCUCUUUCAACAACUUUUCAGCCCUUGCUGCUCAUGCUCGCUCUCACUCUGAUCAGAAAAACAAGUGUGGUAUUUGUGGAAAGAUUUUUACUCGUUCUUGGCUUCUAAAAGGCCAUAUGCGUACACAUACAGGUGAAAGGCCAUUUCAGUGCACACAUAAUGGAUGUAAUCGAGCAUUUGCAGACAAAUCUAAUUUACGCUCACAUAUGUUAAUUCACACUGUUAAAAGCAAGAAUUUUCUUUGUGAAAAAUGUGGUCGAGCUUUUGCUCAGAAGCGUUACUUACAUAAACAUCGGCUUGAAGUAUGUCAAGUGAUUUAGAAAUAUUGAAAAGAAACAGUCUUUUAAAUAGAAUUUUUACAAAAUUUUUUUUUAACUAUUCAUAUCUACA